AUGACAAUCAACGGCGACGGCAUGCGGAGCCAUGCUAACGUAACGUUUCAAGGAUACAUGCAGCGGAAUUUGCCUCCGGAACAGUGUCACUGGGAAGAUCCUCCAGGCUUACUGAAGGAACUACGUGUGCUGGCGGAUGCUGAUUCACCCUGUUUUUCGAAACAGAUAGUGACUUCUUCGGCUACGGCAGCUGCAUCUUGGAAUUUACGACCAGCGUUGCCGUCCGAAUCCGACGAUUCGCUGAUCUGCGAGUCAUUUUUGUCCCCGUUUGACAUACACCCCUUAUCAGAUGUCGACUUUUCAAUCUGCAAUCUAGCCACUUCGGCCUUCAGCGUUUGCGCUUCCGCAGCGAGCGAUUUGGCUUGA